CGGUGAUGUAGGCGCCGGCGGAGGUGGAGCCGCGACGCGUGAAGGAGUCCCCCCGCAGUCGCACUCCCGGUCCCCCCUCGGAGCAGCCAGCCGCCAGCCCCGGCUCCCGUGACUUCCCUGCCGCCGCAACUCGGGCGGCGGGGACCGCGGGAUCCUCCUCUCGGGGCCGGGGGUGCGCCCCCGCCACGCCCAGCCCUUGCCCCUCCUGGUUCCCGGCCGGCGGGGGCGACUCCCCGUGUGCGGGAAGCCGAUCCCAGACGCUCGGCCACCGCCCGGACAUCUCGGCUGCCAGCCCGGCUGGGCAACCGGGCAUCUCGGGGCACCGACUGGCUCCGGCGCCGCCGCCCGGCUGCUCGCGACCCCCAGGCCGCAGGCUGCCGCGCGCCCUCCCCUCCCCCGGCCUCCGGGCCGGACGCCCGCGAGCUCCCGGCACUCCCCAGCCCCUCUGGCCGCCGCAGCCACUAUGCUGCCCUGGAGACGUGACAAAUUCGUGCUGGUGGAGGACGAGACCAAGUGCAAGGCGAAGAGCCUGAGUCCGGGGCUCGCCUACACGUCGCUGCUCUCCAGCUUCCUGCGCUCCUGCCCGGACCUGCUGCCCGACUGGCCGCUGGAGCGCCUGGGCCGCGUGUUCCGCAGCCGGCGCCAGAAAGUGGAGCUCAACAGGGAGGACCCGACCUACACCGUGUGGUACCUGGGCAACGCCGUCACCCUGCACGCCAAGGGCGACGGCUGCACCGACGACGCCGUGGGCAAGAUCUGGGCGCGCUGCGGGCCGGGCGGGGGCGCCAAGAUGAAGCUGACGCUGGGGCCGCACGGCAUCCGCAUGCAGCCGUGCGAGCGCGGCGCGGCGGGGGGCUCGGGGGGUCGCCGGCCGGCGCACGCCUACCUGCUGCCGCGCAUCACUUACUGCACGGCGGACGGGCGGCACCCGCGCGUCUUCGCCUGGGUCUACCGCCACCAGGCGCGCCACAAGGCCGUGGUGCUGCGCUGCCACGCCGUGCUGCUGGCGCGGGCGCACAAGGCGCGCGCCCUGGCCCGCCUGCUCCGCCAGACCGCGCUGGCGGCCUUCAGCGACUUCAAGCGCCUGCAGCGCCAGAGCGACGCGCGCCACGUGCGCCAGCAGCAUCUCCGCGCGGGGGGCGCCGCCGCCUCGGUGCCGCGCGCCCCUCUGCGCCGCCUGCUGAACGCCAAGUGCGCCUACCGGCCGCCGGCCGCCGAGCGUGGCCGGGGCGCGCCGCGCCUGAGCAGCAUCCAGGAGGAGGACGAGGAGGAGGACGAGGAUGCGGACGAGCGCGAGGAAGGAGCCCCCCAGCGCGAGCGGCCCGAGGUGCUCAGCCUGGCCCGGGAGCUGAGGACGUGCAGCCUGCGGGGCGCCCCCGCGCCUCCCCCGCCGCAGCCCCGCCGCUGGAAGGCCGGCGCCCGGGAGAGGGCUGGCCUGGCGCGCUGAGAGCGCGCGCCGCAGGGUUCGCGGCCCGGGACCGGCCGGCGAUCUUCCAGCCUCCAACCCUGGCCCAUCCCGCUUCGGCUCCCCUAGACUCCCCUCUGCUCCCGCCUAGGCCCUGGCCUUUCAC